AUGUCUGAUCCUGACCACCUCCCUAUACUAUCUGCACCACCCUACGACGACUAUAACCAGACAACGCCAGUUGUCAGCAUUGCAGAUGAUGGUAUCGCACCACCUCCUACGCCCCUUCCUGCCCAGACGUGUGCAAGAUCUCAUGCUUUCCACCUCGCCAUCGCCCAGCACGACUAUGACCUCACAUCAACGGGUGGAGCUCACCCUGCCACACUCCAGCCGAUCUUAAGGCUCGCCAUCCAGCGUGGAGAGCAGAUCGACAUGGAAGAUUUACUUGAUGAAGGUUUUGUGCCCCGUACCCCCCUCAUGGAGCUGUGUCGACGGGAAUACGGAGCAGACGACACCCUAGUCGCACCCGAUGGCCAAACCACUCUGCGUCUGGCCGCCACAAACAAGCAACGCGAGAUCACGAUGUUCUUGCUUUCCCGACGUUUAGGCGCUUUCAAACGGAUUAAAUUCCGAUCGAGAAAAGCCAUUAAACGCAUCAGAGUCAUGGCCUGGAAGCUCUAUGACGUCGGCAAGAUCCUCUUCAGGGAGAUACCCAAAGGCCUUCUAUGGAAGAUCCCUAAGGAAAUCAUCCUAGAAAUCUGGUACAAUUUAUCGUGGAAGAACAUCAUUCGUGUCGGACAAUUCCUCUUCUGGAGUUUACCCAAAUCCUUCCUCUGUCAUCUCCCCAAGUUCUUCCUCUGGGAUCUUCCCAAAUUUUUCAUCACCGAGUUCCCGUGGGCCAAAUUUGGUAGAUGGCUGUUGAAUGUCAUGUUGAGAGUAUACGUCCUCCUUGUCACUGUCGUGAAUAAGGUUAAGGAGGCCUUCGAGAGAUUCUUUUCCUUGCUGCACACCAUCGCGCUGGCCAUCUGAACGCUGCUGAAGGAGAUCACACUUCAUGAUGUGUGGAACGCGAUAUGCGAUCUUGGGAGAGUAAUUUUCAGGGACCUGCCGAGAGCGGUAUGGGGUCGACUGUACGAUAGUUGUUUGUCAUGCUCUACAAAUAAACUUUCGAUCCUCUGCAGGAAGCGAGUCUGUUUUAAACAAGAUGAUGAAGUCUGGUAAAGUGGAGGCGAUGGGCGACACGUAGAAGAAGCAGACGACCGUAUAUCUCUGCAGGAGAACGAUCUGUAUGAGUAACCACAGGGCAGCUAGAGUAGGACUUAUUGCGUUGUCGACGGCGGCUGCUGUGACGCCACUGCCACAGUGUCCAUUAGUAGCACAUCAGAACGA